ACUUAAUGUAUUAAAAAAUUACGUAAAGCCCAAUUGUAACCAUGGCAAUGGAUUGGCGAGAGAUAUUAAGGUUCUCUGAAAAAGAACUCAGAGAAAGCGAAAAAGAUAAGCUCUGUGAAGGUUUGUCUUGGAUGGAAGUUGAUGAUAUAGAACUUAAUUUCACCGACUUGAAGAUACUUUUUAAAGUGGCGCAAGAUGUUUUGAAAUAUAAAAACGAACAAGUGAAUAGUGCUAUGGACAAACUUAAUAAAACGAAAAGGAAAAUCAGGACAAAGGAAAGGGGCACACUCACGGACUCACCUGCAAAGAGUUCUGAUAGCGUACUGGAAACUAUAGAACACCAGGAAGAAAUAAUAAAAGCCAAUAAAUACAUCCUCGAACAGCUGUACAUAGAUAUAGCUGAACUAGAAGGAAGGAAAAAUAAACACGAGAAAGACAAUGAUUUUGAACACGAAAGUAACUCAAGCCGAGCGACGCUAUCAGAAAUGAAUGCUAUCGCGACUUUAGAAAACGAAUUAUCUAAGAAAAAUAGACAUAUCAGAAAAUUAUUAACGGAUGUGAAGAUACUCGAAGAAGAGAAUGCAACUUUGAAGGAAAAAUUGAUAGUGUUUAAGGAUAAACUGAAAGAGUCCACCCUUCUGAUUGAGAAUCUAACCGAACAGUUGUUUAAUCUCAACAAUGAGAACUCAAACAUCAAAGAUUCGCUCGGAAAGGCUGAAGAAGAGAAAGCGAAUAUGCUCGUAGAAAUAGAAACCUUGAAUAGUGAAAUAAAAAACAAACGUAACAAAACCGAAAGAAACGACGAAGAUAUAAAGCUGAAACUUCAACACUUUAAGAACCUAGCGAAGACGCAAAAACAAGAAAUUACUCAAAAAAUUAAAGAAAAUAAUCAAUUAAAAGAAGAAUUAGAACGUAUUUCGAAAUGUCUAAGCUCACCGAAAGAACGGACUAAAAAACAAGAUGACAGCAAAAAUAUUGAACUGCAAGAAAAAUUGACUGAAGCAUCACAACAAAUGAUGAAAUCUGCUAAUAUCAUACAGUCGUUGAAAGAAGAAAAUAGAAGACUGAAAAUAAUGAUAGAAGAUAUUCCAGAACAUUCUAUAAGUGAACAGAAGAAUGAGAGCGACGACGGCAAAGAGAGGAAUCUGAUAAAUAAAUUAAAGAGAAAAAUAAAAUGUCUGAACAUCGCGUUACAAGGAAGCGAGGAAAUGUUAGCGGUUAGAGAGAAAGAGAUAACAGAAAUAACAGCACAACUCCAACUGUUGAGAUCGGACGAAGGCAUAAACGCUUUGAUAGACAGUAUUAAAGAUAAAAAGAAACAUCUGAGAGUCAGGGACGAAGGUAUCAAAUCAUUGGUACAGGAAGUGAAUAAACUUAAUGACGUCAUCAACGAACUGCAGUUAGAAAAUGAAGCUAUGAGGGAAAAGUUGAAUCUACCAGAUAAUACGAAAAUUGACACUCACGGUAUAAUGAAAAAAUAUAAAGAUAUAGAAACACAAAAUAUAGAAUUACAUAAAAAGGUCCGAGAUUAUGAAGACAGGUUGAUAAACAUAGAAUUGGACAAUCGAGAAAAAAAGGCUAAAAGGUCUAAAGCGAAAAGCAUCGCUAAAACACAGACAUGUGACGAAAUACGUGAACAUGAUCGUCUCAAUGAAGAAGCAAAUAUAUCUGAAGAGAAUUUAAACAUAAACGAUAUUUUGGAAGAAAAUGAAGGACUACGAAACGGUCUAACAGAUAUACUGAAUUUGUUGAAAGAUAAUAGGUCGACAGCAGGGGUUUUGUUAUUAGAGUGUCCAAGUCUUGAAGCGCUUUUGAAUUCUAUGGAAGCGAGAAAAGCUUCGGGAUGGUUUUCUCCUCACAUGAAAACUGUUAUGGAGCUUAAAGCGGCGUUAGGUGGAAAAGAUGCGCUUUUGUCUGCUCUACACGAAUCAAGACAAGAAACUUUUGAUGUUCUGAAGAAGUUAGAAAUAGAAAAACAGAGGUAUUCAGAUCUAGAAGAGAAGUUAAAGGAAAAUAAUAAAAUAGAUAAAGUAAAUGAAACUGGAGUUGAUUUAAACAAAUUUGGGUCUUGGAUGACUGAUGAUGAGGUUAAAAAUAUAGACAUCAAUAACACGAAACAGGUCGCGGGAUUCAUUGAUACAGGAAAUGCUUUGUUCGAGAACGACUUGAAACAAACGCUUCGAUACUUUCAAGAAAAAUUUUGUCAGCUGUUUGAUAAUUUCACUUCCUUAUCAAUCAGCGCCUCUGAUGACUCUAGCAAGUGGAACAUACAAGAAGAGAAAUAUAAGGCUGAAAUCGAAAAUCUUAAAUCUCAUAUUGAUGAGCACGAAGAUGAUAGUAAUCUAUCGCCUGGUCUAUUGACUAUAACCAGUGAUAAUAUAGAGAGAAAAUAUACUUACUUAGAGGAUUUAUAUAAAAAAAUGCGUACGGAUAAGGAGAAUAUUAAAAACGAAUAUUUAGAAUUGAAGAGAGAGAGAUUGAUAGAGACUUCUGAGUACGAGAGAAAAAUACAGAAAUUACUAUUAUCAGUUCUCAAUCUGACUGACAGAUUGCGUAAUACUGUACCCUUAGAAGUAUUUUUCAAACAACGCGAAGAUCACAAUAAGUUUAUAAUUAAAUAUAGAAAUGUAUUAGAAACAAAUAUAAGUAGAGCUACCGGGAACGAGGAAUUGUUGCAGCACUUGGAUGAUAUAAAGAUGGACAUUCUAAACCGUUUCUACAAAGAAGGUGACCAAAAAGUGACUCCUGUGAAAAUUGAGGAAGUCGAACAGAACAUUUAUCAAGAACAACUAAAGAAGCUAAUUAUAGAAGUGACGGAGAAGAAUAAUGAAAUAGAAAAAUUACGAAACACCAUAUCAGAAUUGCAACUCGCAGAAUCACAGUUAACAGAUAAAAUAUUAAAUUGUGACUCAAAUCAAUUCGACUAUUACAAAAACGAAAUAGAGAAACGUAAUGAAGAAAAUCACAUGAUGAAGGAAAAGUAUCAAGAUACAAAAACGGAAUUAGAUAAAAUAUAUUUAGAGCUUCAAUCAUAUAAACAUAAAGAACUAGCAAAUGACAUAGAAAUCAAUAUGUUGAGACAUCAGAUUCUGGAUUUACAGUCUUUGGGGGAUAACAAGGCCAUUAUAGCAAGACUGAGCGGCGAAGUUUUGCUAGCUCAACUACAGGUUACAGAGAGCUAUGAAAAAAUUGAUUCACUCAAGAUUGCUCUGAACAAUGAGAAACAACUCAGAGCCGAAACUGAGGACGUGCUUAUGAGUAGACAAAAAGUCUUUGAAAUUUACUCAAAAAGAAAUGAUAAUAAAUUACGGAAUAUGUCACAACUGAUCGACACUCUGAGAGAACAGUAUCAGGGACAUUUGCCGCUGGUGUCAGUCGAAACAUUCCUCCAUAAAUUGGAAGAUAUAAAACUUAAAUCCAACGAAGUUAACGAAAAACUUAACGAUAUUAAUGAUUUACAAACAAAUUUACUUACAAAAUAUAGCAUUUACAAUAACAUAUUGGAAUUAUUGGAAAAGAAAUGUCCAGAUAAUGACACAUGCUCUCAUAAGUUGAAGAAUAUGAUAACAGAAAACAUGCAAAAACGCGAAACAGAACUCUGUAAGAAGAAAUUAGUGUCAGCAGAUGAAGCGUAUAAAAGUGUUCUGGAAAGAUGCGAUUAUCUCGAAAAAACACUGAUAUCGGUAAAUCAAGGUUUCAAAGUUGUGGAUGAUGUAGACAAAAAUGCUACACGCGUUGCAGAUUGCAAUAACGAUUUGAAAGUUGAAAACGUGCCCUCUGAAGACGAAAUGAGCAGCAUAAGCAGUUGCAGUAGAAAGAGUCGUACUUUCACAUUAUCCCCACCCAAAGUAACUAAUGAAGGAAAAACAUGUACAAGUGUUAUAGCCAAUAACGAACCCAAAAAGCUCUUGCAUGAGCAGACCCAAACUAAUUUCACACAUAUGAAAAAAACUUCUAUCACACAAACAGACGACGAUCAAUACGUUAAUGACCUCAAAACAAAAUUAAACAACUCGAUACUGAGAGGAAAUGAGAAAGACAAAAUAAUUGAAGAAAUAGAGGCCAUAGUCCAACAAAAAGAUCGUGAUAUGGCUAUCAUGACUAAAAAAUGCCUCGAACAAGAAAAAGCCUACGACCUUUUGUCGAAUAUAAAUAUACAAAAGGAUGACCUCAUUAAAAAUCUUCAAGAAACCAUUCAGACUUUAAAAAACGAUAUCGCUGAUGUUAAAUCGACUCACAUCAAACAAAUAAACAGAAUCAGAGAGACCGCUGACGUUGAAAACAAAAUGGUCACAGACACACUGAAGAAGAUAGAAGUUGACAAAAAUAAUGUCAUAGCAGAAUAUAAAGAACUGCUAGAUAAAGAGAGAGAGGAAUAUUCAAAAACAGUUAAAGGACUACAAGGGAAAGCGAGAGAAUUACAAAUGAAGUUAGACCAGAGAGACUCGACAGCGACCACUUCCGAGAAUGCCAUACAAGAAUCUAACAAAUAUUAUAACAGAAUAAGUGAUUUAGAAACGAAAAUUUUCAAACUACAAAGUGAUUUCGAAGGCAGCCAAGCUGAACUAAUUAGCCAAAAAAGCGAAUUGGAGCGUUGGAAAAUUUUAGCUUCCGAAAGACUGACGAAGAUGGAACAAUUAAGUACGCAAUUAAAGGAGAGACAUAACGACGAAAUGGAAUCAUACAAAGCGGAGAACAGACAUUGGCUCUCACAGCUAAGCGAAACUCAACGCGAACACAUGGAGUUGAGACACAGGCUGAGCGAGCAGAAGACGCUACACUUGAGACAGAUAGCAGACAAAGACGCGCUCAUCGACAGGCUGAGAACCGUUGUUAAUAAUUUGAAGAGUCAGAUACUGAAUAUGCAAACAAUGCUGACUGUGAACGACCCUAGUUUCGACCUGUCCGCGAUAGUUGAGGUGGACGAAGUGAGCGAGGUCGUCUCGCAACAAGGUUCAGACAGGCUUGAACUGAAGUUCGAGUCCACGGUCGACUUGACGGAGACGGAAGACGAGCUCAAGAUGCCGAGCAGUUCAACGGCUAUAUGGCAAGAGCCAUUAAUAGAUCGUCUGCGUAGAGAGAAACAGAUGAUUCACAAACAGAACCUAGCGCUCCGUAGACAGGUCAAAGUCCUCGUAGCCCGUGAGAGAAGGGCGCGCCUUGACUCACAGAACUUGAAGAAUCAAGUGUUCCGCAUUAGCACAAGCGGUGCUAAGACUCCGUCCGUGGAAUCGCGCGCGUUACAGAGUAAAGUCGCGUCGUUACAGGCGCAACUAGCCGGGGUAAGACGAGACGCUGCGACAUCGCUCGCACUUUGGGAUAAAUGGAAGAGAGCACAACAAGCGUCCGAUCGCUGGCAAAUGCGUUACGAAGAAAAAUGUCAAGAGAAUAACAAGUUGGACAUGAGCCUGAAUCUCAUGAAGUCGGCUGUCGCCAGACUCGAGAAGGAGAAGAGAGUUUUACUUCUCAGACUGAGCGAAACUAAACAAGAGGCACAGCUGUCUAUUGAGAAACAGGACAGCGAGUGUCCCGAGAAGGCGUUGGUUCCUUGCUCGGUUUUGCCGGUGUCCAGUCGGGCGCUGGCUGAACGCGUUGAGGCGCAACAGAGACGGAUAGUAGCCUUGGAAUUAGCUGAGAAGGGCAACGAGACGUUAGUAUCAGAGUACGAACGAGCUCUCGCGGAGAUAACGUCUCUGAAGGGACAAGUCCUGAAACUAGAGUCAACGCUUCUGGAAGCUCAGAUCAGAUCCCCUCUCAGCGCGCGAACUAACGCACAACCAGAAGUCGACUAUUGGAAGAGUUACUGCGACAUGCUCAAGGAAGAGAACAUGCAGCUGACAAUGAAAGUGAGCAGCAUGGAGAGUGCGCCGACGACAGACGCGCAGCACAGAGUGAACGACCUGGAGCAGACGGUGCUCACGCUGAGAGGCUUAGUAAGUAAAUUGCAAGCAGAAAAAUGUUCAAGUACGAAUAUUCGGAAAAACGAAUCUCGCCCGUCCAGCGGACAGAGAAGCGAUAAGGUUCGUAUUCAGGCGGAGUGUUAUCGCACAGAGAUAUCUAAUUUGAAACGUACCAUCCUCGAGAAGGACUCGUUGUUAGAGAGAUCGAGAGACAUGCUGAGAGUGGCGGCCGAGAGGGAGGAGCACUUACUGAGGGAGAACACACAACUACGUCAUCGUUUGGAACAACUUACUGAAAUCAAAGAUGGCCGUCGCUCUGCUUAACAUACGUUCAUAUUAUGUUUAAUAAGGAAAAAUAUGUUUAGGAUUAAGGAUAAAUAAAACAACCACGAACGCGUAGCUUCUUAUUAACAAACACACUACAUCAUAACAAUAAACUAUUCUAUAAUAUAAA